AUGUCUUACAGACCUUCGCCGCGUGCCGACGAGCAUACACCGCUGAUCAACGGCGACUCUGCUGCAUCGGCUCAGCCCGGCCGUGAUGCGCAGCGCCAGCGAAAAACCGGCCUUCGCGCCUUCCUUUUGGAUACCGUGCAUACGCCUGGAACCGACAGCGAAUCGUUUGCCGUGCGCAGUGCCGCGCAUGUCUGGCAUGCCACCAAAGCAACUCUCCUUAGCAAUUAUGUCAAUGUCCUCCUCGUCACGGUUCCUAUCGGCAUCAUCGCUGGCGCCUUCAACUGGAAUUCAACCGCUGUCUUCACCAUCAAUUUCUUCGCCAUCAUUCCUCUUGCCGCAGUUCUCUCUUUUGCGACCGAAGCAAUCGCAGAUAAGCUGGGCGAUGCCUUGGGCGGCUUGCUGAACGCGACAUUUGGCAACGCUGUGGAGAUGAUUGUCAGCAUUAUUGCUCUCAAGGAUGGCCAGAUCGAAGUCGUGCAGUCAUCAAUGCUCGGCUCCAUCUUGUCCAACUUGCUGUUGGUAAUGGGAAUGUGCUUCCUUUUCGGUGGAUUGGUCCACCGAGGUGUCAAUGGAGGCGGCACCGAGCAGUCCUUCUCUGGCGCCGUCGCCCAGACGACAUGCUCCCUUAUGGCACUGUCAUCCGCCUCUCUUGUCAUUCCUGCAACCCUAUACGCUGUACUAUCUCAGAACGGAUCAGAAGACAAAAACAGUAGCAUCCUCAUCCUGUCAAGAGGCACUGCCAUUAUUCUGCUGCUUCUUUACGUCAUGUACCUCGUUUUCCAACUCCGAACUCACAGCAACCUUUUCAGACCAAAAGCACAGCAAGAUCAGCAAGCAUCCCAGUCUGACCAAGAAGCCAACAUAGGACGUGUUUCUGCCACCAUGGAAGCCCAGCCCGAAGAAGAAGCAGACAUAGGGCCUGUUGCUGCUACUAUAGUUUUAGUUGUUGUCACCGUUCUGGUGGCCAUUUGCGCCGACUAUCUCGUUGGAAGUAUCGAUGAUAUUGUCGAGAAGGCGAAUAUCAGCAAGGCCUUUAUCGGUCUGGUACUCAUCCCUAUCGUUGGUAACGCUGCUGAACAUGUCACUGCCGUGGUCGUGGCUCUCCGCGACAAGAUGGACCUGGCUAUGGGGGUCGCCAUUGGCUCCAGUAUCCAAAUUGCUCUCGGUGUCACUCCUUUCCUCGUCAUUGUUGGAUGGAUCAUUGGGCAGCCCAUGUCGUUGCACUUUGAGACGUUUCAAACCGUCUCUUUUGCUGUCUCGGUCCUUGUCGUCACAUACACUGUCCAAGAUGGCAAAUCCAAUUAUCUUGAAGGAGCUAUGCUUUUGGGUCUCUACAUCAUUAUCGCCGUCGCCUUCUACGCCACGCCCAGCGACGCUUUUGACGGGCACUUGCCUCAAUUGCUUGGCAAAUCUUCAUGA